ACCGACGGCGAAACACUGGGAUUUUGCCAUCAUAACAUCCUUCGGGCGAGUCAUUUCAUUACCUCGACGCACCCGGAUCCGUCGGAGUUCGCAUACGGCCAUCGAUUCGAUUCCACCACAUGGUGCUUACGACGCACAACCGCUUCUAAGCAGGAAACCUACACUCGACUUUUUUUUGACUCUGUCGGUCCCUUCUGGCACCUGCAUCGGGUUAUUGAAGUGCAAGGGAAUAGAGUACUGCCUCUCAGAAAGGCAGAAGGAGAUAAUCGAUAAUGUUACCGGUUUCGCGCCCAGAGGGUCAGAUGAACUUCAACUACAUCCCGACCACUCAGCCCAUGUCCGGCACAUCGACGGGGCGAAGCUCUCCCAGUGACGCUGGGACCUCGAAAGCACCAUUCGGUCCUGCCGGCUCGAUUGGUGGUGCGAGGUUGGGGGCUGGCUCCCCUUCUCAUGAGUUGGGGACACGUCUAUACCCGAAGCGGGCUCGUGAAAUCCAAGCGCAAGAAGGGAUCUCUCCCAGCAUUUGGGGACCUCCGACCAGUGGCCAUUCGACUCCGCUCCGUGAGAAUAUCCCCGAAUCGCCCAGCCAGGACAGCUUUCCCGACUUGAUUCCUACCACCAAUGGCCCGAUCGGUGGCUCGGGUCGCAGGGCUCGAGCGGGCACAGUACCCUCGCGAUUCCCUCCUAUGGGCACCUUGAAUGAAGCGGACCUCCAGCAGCCUUAUAUGUCCCAAACCUCCCGACCAACACCCUCCACCAGCCCCUUCCGACCUCCAGGUAUGCCCGCUAUGGAUUCGAACGUCAAGGUCGCGACGUCGGCCGGUGCGCCCAACCCGAAUACGCUAUCCCGUCUUCGAGCUGGCUCGAUGCCGCAGAGAAGCAGUUUGCUAGGGUCCGGCAGCAACCCGUUCGGCCCAUCAUUGUUCUCUUCGGGUUGGCCAAGUGGCCGCGAGCGUGCUACAACCUUGACCAGUAUUCGUUCUUCUGAAGGUCCAACCUCGCCAAGCCAAUCGUCUUUCUCCGGGAAUGGUUUCGCGGAUUCCGACGUGAAGACGCUGGACUACCUUGGCCUUGCCGAAACUCCUCAGCAGGCACGGGCGAGUCUGGCACGACCCUCCAUGGAGGUUUUGAUGCAACAGCAACAGCAGCAGCAGGCUCAGCUGCCGCCGCUCCUGGCAGAGCUGGCGAUGAUGAAGAACAAUAAUCGAUUCCGAUCGUACUCGGUCAAUGCGAAGGAGAAAUACGCGGAUGACGAGGACCUGGAGUAUGAAAGCCGUUAUUCUCAAAUCCCUUCAGGCACCCUCACGCCCUCUGCGGCUGCUACGGCUGCUCAACUUGCUGCCACACAAGCCCAGAUUCAUCAGCAUAACCUUGCGGUUCAGGCCUUUGCUAGCCACGCUUCUGUCAACCGGCCCCGGGCUCGAACUGCCGGUAUUCUGGAGGCUCCUCCUCAGCGAUCUUCCAUCCGUAACUAUCUCGCAACGCCCUCUCGUCUCGAUAACAGCUUCAGUGCCGCCGAUUUGCAGAUCGCUGAGAAUGGUGAAUACGAUGAACUGUCGGAGGCAGUUCAAAUGAUGGGACUCGGUGGUGGUGCCCCUACUCUUGGUCUACGCCAACCGGGAGAUAUGGUCGAUGAGAACAACCAAGAUGGCCCCACCCGGGCUCUGUGGAUUGGCAGUAUUCCCGUAUCGACCACUGUGACUUCUCUGGAGGCCAUCUUCGGCAUGUACGGCAAAAUCGAGUCUACCCGCGUGCUGACCCACAAGAACUGCGGUUUCGUCAACUUCGAGCGUAUUGAGGCCGCUGUGCAGGCAAAGUCACUGCUCAACGGCAAGGAGAUUUUCCCAGGCGCAGGGCCUGUCAGAAUUGGUUAUGCCAAGGUCCCUGGCACUUCCGCAGGUGGCACCCCUGGUGCAAAUGGCAUUCAAUCGUCUCCUACCCCCGACCCCAACUUCAAGUCCAACCUCCCAUCUGAUGGUAUGGGGCAGACAGAUGCUUUGGGGGUUGUGCCACAGAUUCCUGCUCUGAUCGAUCUGCUGCCUGAGAUGGUGGAGAUUGUCCAGGAGUUCGGCGCCACCGAAGAUGAUCUGCACAACAUCACCAACAUCAUUCAGAGCGCAAUUGGCUUCGAAGCAUAUGAGGAUGAGAUCCCGGCCCUUGCUGAGCCCAGCCAGACCCGCAUGUUUGACGCCCCUCGCCUGCGCGAUAUUCGCAAGCGUAUUGACAACGGUGCCUGUUCCAUUCAAGAGAUUGAAGAGACUGCUGGUGCUAUGCUCCCUGAGAUCGCGGAGCUGUCUUCUGACUAUCUGGGCAACACUGUUGUCCAGAAGCUGUUCGAGUUCUGCUCCGAGUCUACCAAGGAACAGAUGCUCUCGCACAUCGCACCUCACCUCGCCGAGAUCGGUGUCCACAAGAACGGAACUUGGGCCGCUCAGAAGAUCAUCGACGUGGCGAAGACACCGGCUCAGAUGAACCUGAUUGUCGAUGCCCUUCGUCCUUACACGGUCCCACUCUUCCUGGACCAGUACGGAAAUUAUGUCCUCCAGUGCUGCCUUCGAUUCGGCCCACCAUUCAACGACUUUAUCUUUGAGAGCAUGCUGAGCCGGAUGUCGGAGGUCUCCCAGGGACGAUUCGGCGCCAGAGCGAUGCGGGCUUGCUUGGAAAGCCACCACUCCUCCAAAGAUCAGCAGCGGACUCUUGCGGCUGCCAUCGCUCUUCACAGCGUGCAGUUAGCCACCAACGCCAACGGAGCUCUGUUGCUCACCUGGUUCCUCGACACUUGUACAUUCCCCCGCCGCCGAACCGUUCUUGCUCCUAGACUUGUGCCCCAUCUCGUGCACCUGUGCACCCACAAGGUUGCUUACCUUACUGUGCUCAAGGUCAUCAACCAGCGUAACGAGGCUGAAGCUCGGGACAUCGUUCUCAAAGCUCUCUUCUUUAGCCCGAACGAUGAAGUGUUGGAGAAGAUUCUGAGUGACCAAACCUCCGGCGCGACCUUGAUCUUCAAGGUUCUGACCACUCCCUUCUUUGAUGAGUCCAUGAGAUCGGAAGUGGUGAAGAACGUCUCAAAGGUUCUCACCAAGCUAAAGGCUUCUCCAAGCCAAGGCUACAAGCGUUUGAUGGAUGAAGUUGGUCUGUCUUCGCGUGGCAGCGGACGAGAGCACCACGGCCGUGAGCACGGAGCCAGCCACUCUUCUACCCCCGAGAAGUCGCAGCACCGCCAAUCCUCUCGGCACGGAAGCACGAACUUCCCCUCGCAACCCUCUUUGGAGCGACAGUACAGCGGCCAAUUUGCUUCCAACAUGCUUGGCCAAUCCGACGGCUCGCGGCCCAUCUCAGCUGAUCAGAAUAACGUUCCUCUCGACGCAUACGGCACCGGCAUCAACGGGUUUGGAAACCCCUUGAACGGGCUGGGCGGUAUCAAUGGCGCCGGGUUCCAGGAUCCCGGUAUGCCUCUCACUCCGCAACAGCUGCAGUACCAAAACUACCUCGCUGCCCAGGCCCGUGGUGUUUCUCCCGCCGGAGGCAUGUACCAGGGUAUGCCGGGAGCCAACUUCGGGUACCCCGCAGGGUCCCUUGACAAUCUGCGCUCCAUGCAGAACCAGCAUGCCUCCACGCUGUCCGGAUCGGGCCAAAUGAGCCCCAGCCCGAUGCUCGGCCAGUCCAACUACCCUCCGCAGCAGUUCAGUCCUGUGGUCAACCCUGCGCAGAUGUACCAAUACCCUCCGCAGUUCUACCCCCAGGGCCAGCCAGUUCAGGGCCAACCCGGGGGCCGUCGAGGACGGCACUGA